AUGUCGUCUCUCAACAACGAGGAAUGGGAUUUGCUCAUCUCAGGAAAGAAAGCUACACUUCAAUAUCCUAUUCCACUAUUAUGCUACCCUGCCCCUGAGGUUGUUUCAAUUGCUCAGAUAAUUGAUCACACCCAGCUCUCGCUCUCCGCCACCGAGUCUCAAAUUGACGCCUUGUGCGCUGAAGCGAAAGAAUAUGGUUUUGCAACCGUAUGUGUCAGGCCGGACUAUGUCUCUCGGGCAGUUCAAUAUCUUCAAGGAACCCAAGUUGGAGUGACAUGUGUGAUUGGAUUCCAUGAAGGGACGUAUUCAACCGACCAGAAAGUGAGCGAGGCGAAACGUGCCAUGCAGAAUGGAGCCAGCGAAUUGGAUAUGGUGAUGAACUACCCUUGGCUCAGCGAAAAACGCUAUACCGACGUAUUCCAGGAUAUUCGCGCGGUGAGACUUGCUGCAAAGGACGCGAUUUUGAAGGUCAUUCUCGAGACAUCCCAGUUGACCGCAGAUGAGAUUAUCGCCGGGUGCGUACUCUCGAGUCUCGCAGGUGCAGACUAUGUGAAGACCAGUACGGGUUUUAACGGUCCUGGUGCGAGUAUUGAAAAUGUUUCGUUGAUGAGUGCUGUCUGUGACAGCUUACAAUCGGAGACCAGGGUGAAAGCCAGUGGCGGCAUAAGGACAAUCGAAGAUUGCGUGAAGAUGGUUAGGGCAGGAGCAGAGAGACUAGGCGCAAGCGCUGGUGUGAAGAUCGUGAAUGAAACUCGGCUGGGAAACCGUCAAGUGGAUGAACCCAUGGAGCCAACAAACUACUGA